UCAAACACAGCAAGACGAACCACUGACGACGUGUAGUUUAUUUGAUUUGCAGAAAGCUUCAAAUUUUUAGAAAAAUAUUUUUAGUUAUAAUUUCAUAGUUUAGCCAUUCUUCAACAUGGUUAAAGUAAGAAAUGCCAACCUUGGGAUUUCGUUACCACAGCAAAAGAAAAAGGGUAGAAAAAGCACAGGUUUGAGUGAAAAUCUUGGCGUCAAAGGCAAGGGUUUGAAAACCUCGGAACAAGUCAAAAGAACUGCGGCUGAACUCUCCCCUCAUGGCGGUCCUUCGAGAAAACGAUCGGCCUUUGGCGACAUUACCAACGCUGUCAGACUCAAUCAAACUGGCAAAAGCAAAAAGGCAAAGCCUACUCAAAGUGCAUCUGCCGCGGACAUUUUGAAGACGAACACCGUAGAAGACGCUUUGUCUAGUCUUGUUCAAGAAAGCAAGGAUUCCAGAAGCAUUGAUCAGGCACUGCCUGAUUUAGAACUUCUAUCGUCAUCCAGUGAAAUAUCAAGCUCUCAAGAGUCUAGUGAGUCUGAGUCAAGUCAAGAACAGGAACCAAAAGACUCAGACACAGAAACUUUGACAUGCAAGGAAACUUUAUUGGAAUCUGAAGAGGAAGGAAAAAGUUAUUCAGACAUAAAAAGUUCUCCAUCUUCAGGAGCUAAGAGAAUCGUUCAAAAAAGUGAAAUAGAAGAUAUUGAUGCUGAUACAUCGGAUCAAUUUAUGGUUGCCGAAUAUGCAUUUGAGGUUUUUCAAAACAUGAAAGGAAGAGAGACAUUAUUUCCUCUGAAAUCUUAUAUGGAAAUGCAAAAACAACUAACCCCAAGUAUGAGAGCUAUCUUGGUUGAUUGGUUGGUGGAAGUACAAGAGAGUUUUGAACUAUACCAUGAAACUCUUUAUGUUGGAGUUAAGAUCUUGGACAACUUUCUCAUGAGGUGUCCAGUUGAGAGAGAGGACUUACAGUUAGUAGGGGCAGCAUCUUUGUUUGUUGCCAGCAAAGUUGAGGAGAGACAUUCCCCUUGCCUUGAUGACUUUUUGUACAUUUGUGACGAUGCAUAUGACCAACCAAGAUUUGUUGCUAUGGAGAGGAAAAUCUUAACUGCCCUGGACUUUGACAUCAAUAUUCCAAUUCCGUACCGGUUCUUACGAAGAUAUGCAAGGGCUGCAUCAGCAGAUGUUCAAACAUUAACUCUUGCUCGGUUCCUUCUGGAAUCUUCUCUCCUACACUAUCAGUUUCUGGAAUAUAAACCAUCUCUUAUUGCAUCUGCAUGCCUGUAUCUGGCCCUUACCAUGAAGCAAUGUGGAACAUGGAUUCCAACUCUGGAACAUUACACUGGCUACAAGUUAGAGGAACUAAAGGAAUGUGUGAUACAGUUGAAUAGCAUGAACUCUGAACCACCUAAGAAAAAUCUAAUGACAGUCAGAAAUAAGUACUCUCACAAGGUAUUCCAUGAAGUGGCUAACAUUCCUCCACUUGAUGUCUUAGCUUUAGAUUUCAAGUAAUUUAAUUUUACCCCUGUUAAAAGUGGAAAUAGACAAAUAACAAUAAUUUUAUUUCAAAACUGUAUAUGAAAAGCUGUAUAAUUUUUGUGAAAAUGGCUCACAGGAUGUGGCUUUACAUGUAGUCAAUUGCAAACUACAAUUUUAUUAUGAUGAAUGUAUUCUUCAUGCUUGUGAUUUUUAGUUUCUAGUUAAGUUGUCAGAUAUUUAAACAAACACCUUUAAAAUAGAAAUCUGACAGAAGAUAAGUGUUUUAAAUAUUAGUAAUUUUCUCUGCUUGGCUUGCCAAACUUUCUAUUUUUUAUACUGGAAACCUAAGUAGAACUACUACUCCCCAUCACCUAGGGAGGGGGUAUGUGACAUACAUGACAAGCAGCUGUAAACGGACAAAUAUUCCAAAGAAUAGAGUUAACCUAGGAAGGAAAAACAUUCAUCACACCUGUUUUUGUUCCCAAGCAAACGACUCUUCUUUGUCAGCAGUAUCAUUCAACUUUUUCCAAAUUCAUCUUUUUUAUCUCAACAAUCUAUUGCCCUAUUUUAUUUUGACAUCACACCCACACAAAAGACUUUUAUUGUAUAUAUUUUUUGAACUUAGAAAAGCAAUGAUAGCCACCAAAUACACUGUGAUAUUAGAAAUAGCUCAGUUGGUUAGCAUAAAGAUUCAGACUAGCAAAAAUUAUUUAGUUCUUGUAAAUAGGAAAUAAAAAAACAAUAAUUGAU